AUGGUUGUUGCUAUCGUAACUGGUGCCUCGAGAGGACUUGGCAGAGCCAUCGCCCUCCAGUUAGCGAAUGAUGGUAUGGAUGUCGCGGUCAAUGAUGUUCAAGAGCAAAUUCCAGACUUGAAGUUGCUGAGCGAGGAGAUUGAGAAGAGAGGGGAUGUCAGCAAAGAAGAACAGGUCCAAAACAUGAUAAAAGAGACAGUUGAUAAGCUUGGCGAAUUGAAUGUCAUGGUUGCCAACGCAGGUAUAAUCGUGGCGAAAAGACUAUUCGAUGUUAGUCUCGCCGACUGGGAGAGGGUUCAAGCAGUAAAUGCCACGGGUGUCUUCCUCUGCUACCGCGAAGCAGGCCGCCAGAUGGUAGCCCAGGGAAAAGGGGGAAGAAUCAUCGGCGCGUCCUCAAUCGCUGGUUACCGCCCGUCAGGAAAUGCCCUGGCAUAUUCGGCGAGUAAGUGGACUGUCAGAGGACUGACACAGGCAGUUGCGCUGGAUCUGGCCCAGUACGAUAUUAAUGUCAACGCAUUUUGCCCUGGUCCCGUGGAAACUGCGAUGUGGAGAGAGAUCGAUGAUAGCAUUGCGCAGCGAGACGGAAUUCCCAAAGGAAUGGCAUUUGAGAAGUCUGUCCAGGCUCGGUCUGCAUUAAAGCGCGCCUCGCUACCGGCACUCGGUAAAGAGUCCUCCUAA